UCGUAGCUACAGACAAAAAGUGCAUUUGUUAUUAUUUUACCAGAGGGAGUUUCUUGUAAUUUUUCGUCGUCUUCUUAUUAUAUACAUAUUUUAAGUAAAUUUCAAAAUGCCGAUCAUGUACAAUACUGGUGAUUGGUUCGUUCUACGUCCGGAUACGUACAGAAAAUUGGACCUUUUUACUCCGGACUGGCCGCUCGAUGUAGACCUGGAGUACAUGCAGUUGGUGGGCGCUCCGUUUGGCGGCCCAUUAGCCAUGAUGCGGGAUCCAAAACAAAUCGUACCAGUUAAGGGUAGUGUAAAACCAAUGAUACGCAUUUUCGACACGGCCGGUCUAGAGUUGGGCAAAAUCAUGUGGAAUCAUGGCAAGCUAAUUAAUAUGGGUUGGUCAGAUACUGAGGAGCUAAUAUGUGUACAGGAUGACGCGCUAGUUUUCAUUUACGAUAUGUUUGGCAACGAAAAAGAAUCAUACAGUAUGGGUCAGGAAGCUAGUUUGACUAAGAUUAUGGACGCCAAAAUAUUUCAAUCAACUUCUGGAACCGGCGUUGCUGUUCUUACAACAACCGGACGAAUCUUCCUUAAGCUCAACAACGCAAAAGACGUCCGUACACGUCAAUUACCAGAAAUUCCAAAAUCUAUUUCAGAGUGCACAUGCUGGGAAAUAGUGACGGAAGAACGUAAUACGUAUUGUCUGUUGGGUCGUGAUCAAGAAGUUAUUAAAUUAUUUCCUGGCGAGUCCGUGGGUACAAUUACGCGAAAUCUCUUUGACCGACCAUUCGAACGCAUCCUACUCAUGUCGGUGUCUUAUACCCAUCAAAAUCUGGCGCUCUAUACGAAUAACGGUCUCCUAUGGCUAGGCACUGUAGAUAUGAAUAAAAAAUACUGUGAAUUCGACACCGGCCGCAAAGAUAUUCCACGACAAAUUGAAUGGGUUAUGAAUGCUGAAAAAAAUCAAGCUGAUGCUGUGGUCAUUUCGUAUCCUUCAUUCCUAUUGGUUGUUAACUGCAAUGGCGAUAAAAAUUUGUUUACAUAUGAUCCAGCCAUUUUUCUUGUGGCCGAAAUGGAUGGUGUACGCAUUAUAACAAAUAGCGCACACGAAAUGAUUCAAAAGCUGCCGAAGUGUGUACAAAAUAUAUUUGCUGUGAAUAGUCAGGAACCUUCAAGCUUCUUAUUUGAGGCCCAAAAGAAAUAUCAGGAAAAAUCACAUCAAGCCGACGAAUAUUUGAGUUUGUUCCGUGACAAAAUGAGUAUUGCAGUUGACGAGUGCGUCGAGGCGGCCGGCUAUGAAUUCUGCACCGAAACUCAAAAGAGCUUACUGCGCACUGCUUACUUUGGCAAAGGUUUCAUUCCUUCACACAAUCCUGACGAAUACAUGCGAAUACUAAGAAUUCUGCGUGUGCUUAAUACCUUACGUCAUGAAAAAAUUGCCAUGCCAUUAACCUAUAACCAAUUUUGUCAUUUGAAGCCAGAAGUGGUGCUGGGGCGUUUGGUCUUUCGCAAGCAUUAUGCCAUCGCAAUUCAAGUGGCAAAACACUUGAAAUUACCAGAAUCAUGGAUUUUAGAACACUGGGCAUACCAUAAAGUUGUACACGAUAAAAACGACAAUGAGGUUGCACGUAAAAUAACAGAAAAGUUUAAAAAUCCAUCAGUACAAGGAAUCUCAUUCUGCAAUAUCGCUGAGAAGGCCCAUGACGUAGGGCGCGAUGAACUUGCUAUUAAAUUACUUGAACUGGAACCACGCGCUUCUUUACAAGUACCACUUUUACUAAAAUUGGGCAAGUACGAUCGGGCCAUCAGAAGUGCCACACAAUCAGGCGAUACUGAGUUAGUGGCUACAGUACUUUUGGACAUCAAAAAGAAAAUGAUGCUUGCUAAUUUUAAUAUUAUCAUACGCGAAUACCCGAUGGCUUUGAAUAUCUACAAAAAAAUGAUGAAUGAAUGGAGCCGCACUGCACUGUACGACAUCUACAAUCAGGAAGAUGACCAAAAAUCCAUUGCGGAAUACCAUUUUCGCAAUGCGAUCGAGAGCGACAGCUUGGAAUCGAAUUUACCAAUAAUAGCCAAUAGCUAUACGCAGGGCCGCAAGCAUGUCGAUGCCGAAUUGUGCGCUGACACUGCCAAAAUAUUAAAGUUGCAAAAGAAUGUGUUAACUCCAAAAUAUGGCAAAGUGCACCAAAUUACUUUCAAUGGCCUCUCUAUACACGAUACACUACUACUUUUGCUUCAAAUUGGUGAACUGAAGGAAGCGGAAAAAAUCAAAAAUGAUUUCAAAGUGCCAGAUAAGCGCUUCUGGUGGUUGCGCAUUAUAACCAUGUCCGAAAAGUACAAAUGGGACGAUUUAGAGAAGUUUGCCAAAAGUAAAAAGAGUCCCAUUGGUUAUGAACCGUUUGUGGAGGUGUGCCUGAAGCAGAAUAAUUUACUUGAGGCGCGCAAAUACAUUAUGAAAUGUCGCGACGAUCGAAAGGCACACUGGUAUUUACGUGCAGAAUUAUUGGAUGAAGCGACUGAUAGCGCGUUCGAGCAACGUGAUAUGAAUAUACUAUAUGCAAUCCAAAAUAAAGCUAGCACGAAUGGUAAUCGGGCGCUUUUAGAAAAAAUCGGCUCUCAUAUUGCGGCUUUGGCUUCAAAGAAAUAAAAUGUAGUGCCUAUCUAGGUACAAGUAUUAAACACACUAUUACCAUUAUAAAAAUGUAAAAGAAAAAUAUUUAAAACAUUCUUCAACGGUUAGAAUAUAUAAAGUAAAAGAAUAAGCGUUUGUAUUGACUUUUCAAAGGACCAUUUAUUUUUCCAUAUAUAUAAUAUAUAUAUAUAUAUUGUACGUAUGUAUAUAUACGUGAAUAUGCAUGUAUGCAAUUAUGUGUGUUUGUGUAUGUAUAAUAUAUGAAGGUAUUUAGGUAAUAGAUCACAUAAAGCAAAAAAGAAAUAUACUUAUCUAUAUUUAACUAACACUCCUUGCUUUUUAAUUCAAUAUUAUUAUUAUCCAUAGUUAAAUACAUACAUACUGUAUUACUGUAUAUUAUUACACAAUUGUAUGCUAAUUAAU